AUGAUACCCUGUUCUCGUUCCAAGAUCUAUAGCAGGACACUUACCGCUCUCGCGUACAUGGAUUGUACGUCAAAACAUAUCAACAGUUCCGCCCUCACCAGCCCAAUGUUUUGGAUCCUCAAGGAAAAUCCAUAUGAAUUCUUCAAGGUGAUCGAGAGUCUACCAUUUGCUUUCUUGAGCUUCAGGCAAAUGAAUUUCUCUGGCCUGUGUUUUGCUCAACGGUUGCUAUUGUCUCUUAAUAUUAGCGGUAUUGCUUCUUUGGGUAUCUUUGGUGGUCCGAAGGCUGUGGGUGGUCUUGCGUGA